AUUCAAUCCAGGACGGUUUUCGAAGCCUUUUAGCACGGUCGCUUGCGAGGAUUCUUGUCGUCACCACCAUGAUAGAAGUUGUUUACAUCGUGAGGCAUGGUUACCGCGCGAACUGGACCGUGAACCCCACGACCGGGGAAUACAAUUCUACCAUCCUCAGCGAAACCAAGAUCCCCACCGACCCGCCUCUGUCCUCCUACGGAGUCAGGCAGGCCGAGGAACUCGCAGAACAUUUGUGUAAUAUCAACCCACCAAUUGAUGUCAUAUAUUCGAGUCCUUUUUAUCGAUGUCUACAGACGUUGAAGCCGACGAUAGAGAAGCUAUUUGAGGAAGGCAGGGCGGGAGGAAAGAUUAGGGUUGAGCGAGGGCUUGGGGAAUUCUACGGUCGCGCACCAUUUGCCCAUCCUUCGCCCGCAAACACCUUGAAGCUAUCCAAAUUCUUCCCUAACCUCGACCUAGAAUAUGAAUCCCUGCUCACCCCCCCUCCAAACGGCGAAAUGAUUCGCGACCUACAUGAGCGCGUAGCCAACGCCCUAAACCUUGUCAUCGCAUCCCUAGACUCUGAUCCCGCAGGCCCUAAAACUAUGCUAAUUUGCACACACGCUGCGACUAUGAUAGCAAUCGGUCGUGCAUUGACGGGAAAUGUCCCAGACAACUUCAAUGAGGAUGAUUUCAAGUGCUACACAGCUUCAUUAUCGACUUUUGCGCGGAGAGGCGACGCUGAAGGGGUGCUGGGGAAUUGGGAGUGUGUCGGUAAUGCAGAGACGGGGUAUUUGUCUGGGGGGGAGGAGAGAGGCUGGAAAUUCAACGGCGAGGAGAACUUCUCGACAGAUCCCGAUCCCAUUGACGAGAGACAGGCACCAAAGCUAUGA